AUGGAAUAUUCGGAUGAGGACAUACUCGACAUGGAGUCAGGGGAGGAGAGUUCUUACAAUGACGAAGGGACGUCCGAUAUGGAUUACGGAUUCGCCGAGGAAACAUCUGAUCAACGAUCUCGAGUAAGUUACGUAGUUCUCAAAGAAGAAGACAUUCGCAAGAAUCAAAAAGACGAUAUUGAACGAAUUUCUUCGGUUCUCUCUGUAAGCCAAGUCGAAGCGAUCGCUCUGCUUCUUCACUAUCAUUGGAGUGUUAAUAACUUGGAAGAUGAAUGGUUUACUGACGAAAACAGAGUCCGUAAAAUCGUUGGUUUAUUGAAGGAGCCUGUCGUCGAUGAUGUUAAUGACAAAGAAGUGAAGAAAAUUGAUUGUGGGAUUUGCUUUGAAUCGUAUCUUCAAAAGGAAAUCGCAACGGUUUCUUGUGGUCAUCCUUUUUGCAAAACUUGUUGGACAGGUUACAUCACUGCGAAAAUCGACGGUGGUCCAGCAUGUUUGAUGGUUAAAUGUCCUGAGCCUUCUUGUUCUGCUGUGGUAGGUCAAGAUAUGGUCGAUAAGUUUAUAACCAAGGAAGAAGAUAAGGAGAAGUAUUAUAGAUACUUUUUUAGGUCUUAUGUUGAAGCUAGAGGCAAAAAGAUCAAGUGGUGUCCAUCACCAGGAUGCGAAUACGCCAUUGAUUUUGGAACUGGAUAUGGAAGUGGUGAAAACUAUGAUGUUUCUUGUUUGUGUUCUUAUGAGUUUUGCUGGAAUUGUAGUGAAGAUGCUCAUCGUCCUGUGGAUUGCGGCACGGUGUCGAAGUGGAUAUUCAAGAACAAUGAUGAAUCCGAGAACACGACUUGGAUACUUGCAAACACAAAGCCUUGUCCUAAGUGCAACCGUCAGAUCGAGAAGAACAUGGGAUGUAACCAUAUGACAUGCUCAGCGCCUUGUGUGUUUCAGUUUUGUUGGAUUUGUCUUCGUGCUUAUCCAUGUCCCGGUGAUUGCCACUUGUUCAAGGGUCCUGACGAGGCUGAAAGUAAGAGAGAAAUGGCGAAAAUUGCGUUGGACAGAUACAUGCAUUAUUAUGAAAGAUGGGCAAGCAAUCAAUCGUCGAGGCUAAAGGCUAUGAGAGAUUUGGAGAAGUUGCAAUCUGUGCAGCUUAAGAUGCUUAGUUACAUUCAGUCCACACCAGAAACUCAGCUCCAAUUCACUGUAGAGGCGUGGCUUCAGAUCAUAGAAUGUAGGAGGGUGUUGAAAUGGACAUACGCAUAUGGAUACUACCUUCCUCCGCAAGAAUAUGCCAAGAAACAAUUAUUCGAGUAUUUGCAAGGUGAGGCUGAAGUUGGUUUGGAGAGGCUUCACCAUUGUACAGAGACUGAGUUGGGACAGUUUGUCACCGGAACUAAUGAUCCAUCUCAAAAUUUUGAUGAGUUCCGAAGGAAAAUAAUUGGUUUGACUAAAGUAAACAAAACCUACUUCGAAAAUCUGGUGAAAGCUUUGGAAAAUGGUCUUGCUGAUGUGGAACACAAUGAGAACAAAUCAACAACAGAAUCUAAAUCUUUUUUCCAAUGA